CAGUUCACUCUGCUUUUUUUGUUCUCUGCUUCCAGUCAUGUCCAUUCUGUGCAUUGUCACUGGCGCCAGUCGUGGGUUGGGACGCUCGAUUGCCACCGCGCUUGCCGGGACCUUCCCCUCUCUCCACUUUGUGCUUGUAGCACGCGAUGCAGCGCAACUGGCCGAGACAGAGCGGCAAGUGAAGGCCAUCCAGCCGCAAGCCUCAACGCGUCAUGUGGUGGCCGACCUUGGCGUCGCCGACCAGCUCGAGUCGCUCGUUGCUCAGAUUGUCGCUCAGACGGACAUGUCGCGCUUCGAACGCGCGCUGCUGAUUAACAAUGUCGGCUCGGUCGGUGACUUGAGCUCGACGGUCGCUGGGUACAGUGACGCUGCGGCAAUCCAGCAGUUUAUCACGCUGAACAUGACUUCCGUGAUCCUCUUGACUUCGGCUUUCCUCAAGCUUGUCCAAGGCAAGCCUGCAACCAUUGUCAACAUUUCAUCACUGAUGGCGGUUCAAGCCUUCCCGCAGUGGGGAUUGUACUGCAUGUCCAAGGCAGGGCGCGACCUCCUCCACAGCGUCGUUGCCAAGGAAGAGAAACUUGUCAAGACGCUCAACUAUGCUCCUGGUCCUCUCGACACCGAGAUGCAGCAUGUUGUCCGCACGACCAUUGGGGAUGCCAGCCAGCGUUCUUACUUUUCCGAGAUGCACGACAAGAACACGCUCGUUGAUCCCAACGUUUCUGCGGGCAAGCUUGUUCGUCUGCUUGAGCAGAACACGUUUGAAAGCGGCGCGCACCUUGAUUUUUACGACAUUUGACGAGAAUACACUGCU